AUGACUUCUCUGGAAGCGUGUUUAUCCCUGGUUUCAACGAUCGGCAAUGGAUCCUUCAUCGCAAUUUUUGCACGCUUCAAGAAUCUUCGCAGUUUUCCGAACAUUCUCUUUGUUAACCUCGCGGCAGUUGACUUUCUCAACGCAGUCAUUAACAUCCCGCUGCAUGCUUUGACCAACGUCUGGGAACCCAGCUGGAUGAGAGGAAAAACUUUGGCUGUCACUAUCAGCUCAUUACACCUGGAAUUUUCUUUACUUAACAUGCUUUCCAUGUUUACACUUAUGCUGGACAGGUUCGGGGCACUAUACCUUGAUCUCAAGUACUAUACAUGGAAGACAACAAGGAAAGCUUAUGCAGCUGUGGUCCUCGUUUGGCUGAUCUGUACAGUACCCGUUGCUUUAUCGACGAUUCCUUUGCUGCAAAUGGAUAUGGAAGCUGACAAAACGUUGGCGGAGUCUCGAGGGAAAGUUUUCCAACACAGGAAAAAUGCUAUGGCAUCAACCAUGGCAUUCUUCAUGGCAGCCUCGACAGCCCUUGGCAUUUUAACUGGUAACACUAUUCAUCGAAAAAAGAAACAGGUAGGAAAUAAAUUAAUGUCUAUUUUUUGACCUCUAAAACAUAACCUAUUGACAGUGCUUCAGGGACGUUUUCUCUAAAAAUGUCAACUCUUUCUCAAAAAUGAUUUUAUGAAAAAAAGAAAAGAACGACAUAGCGUGUGAAACUAUAUGUCGGUUUCAGGUGUUAAAUGUUGGGGCUAAGAGAUUUCUCUUGCUUUGAGAAAACUAAAUUUUGCGAUUGCGUGAGACUACCUUAACUUCCUGGAGACCAAAGUUUUCGCGAUUUUAAGCAAGUUGCAUGCAACUGUUUUUCAGGUGGUUAUUAAAUUCGAGCACAAAAUACUUGAACAGUGGAAACAACAUCCAGUGUUUUGCCCCAUUUAAGAUAAUCAAAGACGGCCUAUUCAUGAUUCCGAGCUGAGGAUUCCGGAUCCGCUUCCAGUUAAUGGCGUCCGGAUCCCUUGUCAGUAGAACUUGGCUUCCAACCAUUAGCGAGAUUCCGGAUUCCUUACGCUGAAUUUCCAAUUUCAAAGCCCAGGAGUCAGGAUUCCACAAGACCCUCCUUUUGGAAAUGGAUAACUUUUAAUUUCGAAGGAAUCUCUCUUUCAAAUCCUUGGUGCAUCCAUAACUCAAUAGUACAAGCAGAGCCAAUUUACCAUUGAUUUUAUAACACAAGUGAGAGAAAAAUAACUUUGUUAACAGACUCAACAGGAUGUAGGGUAAUGGCGUGAGUUUUGUUCUGGGCGCACACUAGGGUGUGGAUUUAGUAGAGCCGAAAACAACUGUACUGAUGAAUGGUAGCAUGACCUUAGGGAGCAGGGAAAGCAGAUAGUAUAUGCCAAAUUGACCAAUCAGAGCGCACGCUUUACUUUUUUUAUGUUAUAAUGUAUUUUUUUUUCUUUUCUUUUCUAAUAGAGAACGCGGUUAAACUUGCCCCCGCCCCAAGCCAACAGUCGACUAAAGCAGGAUAUAAAAGCCACCAUGACUGUCUCCUUAGCUGUGGUAACAUACUUUAUCUGCUACGCACCGGCACUUGCUUUGGCAAUCUGGAAAAAGGAGUACGGCAUGCGUAAUGAUUGGGUCUCCUUUCUGGUUGGUUUCUGUACGUUUAUUUCCAGCGCUUCUAACCCUAUCAUCUACGUAUUGCGAAACAAGAGAUACCGCGACGCCAUCAGACAACUGGUAAAAGAUCCCUUUGGAAGCAGUCCGUUUCAAGAGAUGCCCGAAAAUAUUAAGCAAAAGGAGAAGAGCCAUCCAGGACCUGGAUUGAAGAAAAGGGAAGGCGGAGAACCGGGAAUAAGCCCAGGAUGUGGGGAAAAUCUGGAAAAUGAGGCUGGAGUCAUUGAAAAUGCUUCGUCCGGUAACAUGGUCCAAGAGGACAGAAUUGUGAAAAUUGCUUGGGAGUUAGACGAAGAGGAAAGCAGCUGCGAUCAAGCUCGUCAACAUGGGUUAGAGGUAGACGAAGCCGAUCAAGAAGACAGAUUACCCGCAGAAGAAGACUGUUAA